UUUUUUAAGGAAAUUCUAAAAAUUUUUUUUUUAUAAGAUUCAUUCUCUAGUAGAAGAAGAAAACAUUUCAACGUUAAAUUUAUUAUAUCAGCUCUCCCCACAAGAUGGUGACGCAUCAUCGAAGAGAGAAAUUCCAUUUGAGGUAAAUUCUUGACAUUUGACAAUUAGUUGAUGGAAAAUAUAGUAAUAGCUGUACAAUAACCAAGUUCUCUUUGUUUCGGUGACAAUCAUGAUCAAAUUGAAAAUUAAUAACAAACAGGUGUUCAGUCCAUACAAAGAAAACAUAAAGUGGAUGCUUUUUGAAAAAAGCUGAAUUAAUAAAUUCUUGUGAUUUCAUUCAAGUGCACGGUGAUGGAUCUGGUUAAGUAAUGCUUUUGUUUUGGAAAUAUCACUGAUACCACAACCAAUAAUCAUCGGAAAUGAAUGAGAAAUGUCUAGUGCAAUUAUAGUUAGUUCAGUCAAAAUGCCUAUGACAAGAGCUCAACAACUAUACCCAGUAUCCCAUUCUUACAUUCAAGAAGGGGGUGCAUUGCCCCCUUUAAAAAUGGUUCCUUUGAAAGAACAAAGCCCUCCCACUACUUGUACUAGCACAACAUCAUCAAAUAGUGCUUCCACAGGGCUACCAGAGCUUCAAGCUUUACAGUGUAUGCGUGCAAUUAAAUCAGUACCAAGUACUGCAUCCGAUCAAAGAGAAAGAAAACAAAGUGGAUCAGCUAUUCUACCAUUACCUUCUGCCCCUACACCGCCAGACAAACCAAAGACUACGAUAGCUAGCCCAGAGCAAGUCAUGAAGCUUUACAUGAAUAAACUGACUCCAUAUGAACAUGUUGAAAUAUACAAUUACCCACAAAUUUUUUUUAUUGGAGCAAAUGCAAAGAAGAGGCCAGGUAUAAUAGGUACUCCUAAUAAUUCAGAGUAUGAUAAUGACCAAGGUUCUUACAUUCAUAUUCCCCAUGAUCAUGUAGCAUAUAGAUAUGAAGUAUUAAAAGUUAUUGGUAAAGGAUCUUUUGGACAAGUAGUGAAAGCUUAUGACCACAAAUGUCACAUUCACGUAGCUCUCAAAAUGGUUAGAAAUGAAAAACGUUUUCAUCGACAAGCUUUAGAGGAAGUUCGUAUUUUGGACCAUCUUCGUAAACAAGAUAAAGAUAAUACCAUGAAUAUCAUUCAUAUGUUGAACUCUUUUACAUUUAGAAGUCACAUGUGCAUCACCUUCGAAUUACUAUCCAUCAAUUUGUAUGAACUCAUCAAGAAAAAUAAGUUCCAAGGAUUUAGUUUGCAAUUAGUGAGGAAAUUCAGUCAUUCGUUACUUCAGUGUCUUGAUGCUUUGAACAAGAAUAAGAUAAUCCAUUGCGAUAUGAAACCUGAAAAUGUUUUGCUCAAACAACAAGGACGUAGCGGUUUAAAGGUUAUAGAUUUUGGAUCAUCGUGUUAUGAAAAAAAUCGAGUCUAUACAUACAUUCAGUCAAGAUAUUAUAGGGCACCUGAAGUGAUUCUUGGGGCCCAAUAUGGUAUGCCAAUUGACAUGUGGUCCUUAGGCUGCAUUUUAGCAGAGCUUCUUACUGGAUUUCCCUUGCUACCCGGAGAAGAUGAAGCUGAUCAAUUGGCUUGUAUAAUGGAACUUCUUGGAAUGCCACCACAAAAACUUCUUGACCAAUCAAAAAGAGCCAAAAGCUUCAUCAGUUCCAAAGGCUUCCCUCGUUACUGUACUGUUACAAUACUGCCUAAUGGACAAGGUACUCUUAGAGGUGGACCAAGCAGAAGAGGUAAACUAAGGGGGCCUCCAGCGUCCAAAGACUUGAAAACAGCUUUGAAAGGAUGCGAUGACCCUACAUUCUUAGAUUUCAUCAAACGAUGCCUCGAAUGGGAUCCUGAGGCACGCCUAACACCUUCUGCGGCUCUGAGACAUCUAUGGCUGAGGCGUAGACUACCGAGGGCUCCUGUUGAAACAAGUUUUGGUCCAGAUUCACCGUCUUCGGCCAACCGACAACAAUCUUCCAGGACACCUGUACUAGGUAAGGUAAGAGUUCAAUUGAAUGAUGAACGUUCUUCAACACUUCACUCAGGCAAACUUCCUCCAGUUACGUAGCCCUCACCACAAUGGCAUUAAUUUGUGAUGACACGUCUAUUAAAAGUACUUCAUAGUACUCGUUUAUGACAAUUGGAUGCGGAAUAAAUUCAACAAUUUUAGCGAAGAUCACUGUCGUUUUUUUCACUUCAAAUGAUAUUCUCAGACUCCUUCAGAUCAUAUUACUUAUAGGGUUUUUGUGCAAUGGGUCUUGCUUUUUAAUGAAAAAAUAUUAAUCGUACUCAGAUAUUCAUAUCAGAUGUUUUUAUAUGCAGCUAUACAAUCUAAAUUUCGUGGAAUAUCAAUUAGAGGUGUUUGCUAUUUGAACAGUGUUCAACUUCUAAUAUAUUUAUACAAGAAAUAAUAAUACAAAGAGAAUGAUAACAUUGAUUAUUGGUGACGUCCAUAAGGAAAAGUGCUAAUAAUAAUACUAUAAGUCGGGUGGUAAUAAUAGUUUCAAUCCAUGUUUACUUUUUUAACUUUCGUUCCUGAGGAACUUAAGCAUAUAUUUGGACUAAAAGAAGCUUUCUAAGGAAAAAUUCAAUUUGGAAGUGAAAAAAAUACUAACACGUGAAUUCAAUAAUUCUAUGCAAUUGGGGAUUAUAACACAAGUACUAACCCCCUUGCAGGAUUAAUUUAUUAGAUGUUGCAUGAAAAACAUAUUUGUCGUUUUUUUUUGUUUCAUUUGAAUAACUUUCAAUCCAUUGGUCAGACUGUCAAAUUUACGAAUACUAAUAAUAUUGUCAAAUGUUAAAAUUGGAGGCCUAGGUUGAUACAUGGGAGAAAAAAUGCCUUGGGUUCAUGAAAAGGAAAGCUUUAGGUUUUUAAGUCUGUGAUAUGUUUUAAAAGAAAAAUUCUUGAAAUUUUUGAGCUUUCACUUUCAAAAAAUAUAUAAAAUUAGUAGUUUGAGUUUGGUAAUAACAUUAUAGGUCCAUAUUUGUAGGUAAUAGAAAGCCGAAAAUUUCGAAACUUUGCAGAACAAUCCUAUUCAAGAGACCCAAGCAAGAAUUCUAAAUUGAAAAACUCAGGUGUGGCAAAUUUCAAACACUUCUUUUAAGCUUAAGUAUUUUCCAAUAAAGGUAUGGAAAGCAAAAUGACCCCAUCAUGAGCAGAAUAUUUCAAGAAGAUGUAAAUAUGUGAAAAACUCAUAUUAGUUUCAAAAGCAAUAGACUAAAGAACAUUUUCAAUUAGUAAGUACUUAUCCAACUUAAAAUUUUAGUAUAUUCUUCCUCAGUGUUGAACUUAAUCAGCUUCAUAGCAAAUUGAAUUUUAUUCAUAUUUUCAAAUAUGUUUUUUUUAGUGAAUUUUGUGAUCUAAAGCGUUAGAGCUCUAAAAUUAAUCAAUUCAGAUGUUUCUCUCGUUAUUUUGCAAGACCUUUCCUAUACUUUGUAAACAACGAUCAUUGGCAAGGCCUCCCAGAGACUAAGAUUCUUAUUUUGUAAUAGAUGUUGUUUCAAACACAAAUUUUGUGAUACUUUACUAUUACUACAAGAGAUAAUUUUUAGCUUGUAGCAGUGUGAAAAAAUGUUUUGAAUUUUUAGUAGUAAUAUUGGCGGUGUGAAUCAUAGAUAGUGCCUAUAGAAUAUGAUAUGGUAUCUUAUGUUGCACUUGAACAGGGUGCAUGAAAUAUAUGAAUCAUAAAUAUAUUAUUUGUCGAUAAGCUACAUUCUAAUGAAAAAAUGUAUUCAGAGAAAUCUUCGUUGUUUGUAAUUGUGACUGGUAGGUAAAUUUCAGAUGUUUAGUCAUUCUUGGAUAUUGAAAAAAUAUGUUGAAUAUAUUUAUAAACUCAUGUGAUGUUGUAAAUUUUGAAUUGAAUUUUUAUGAAAAUCAUAAGAGUACACUGUGAUUUUAAAGACCAUUGUUUCAUUGCACUCAUUCACUUGAAGUGCCUUUUCUUAUAUUGUUGUGUUUAUUUAGUUUCACAGUGUAUUUUAUUAUGUCAUCUGAGAAAUUCAGGGAAUUUUUAAUAUCGAAAUAACGUAACACUGUCAUUUAUCUUCAAUUCAAAUACUCCAUAUUUAUUCAAUCGUUUCGUUAUAUUUUAUUUAUUUAUUAUGUUUAAUUGUCUUGGUAUAUCAGGAUUGGAUGAUACAUCUAUCCAAUUUCAUUUAUGAAAAAAAAAAUGCGCACAAAAGUAUGAAUUGCAACAAACAAAUUAGAAAUUAAUAAAGAUAUACAUUUGGUCAUUUUAGAUGCGGAAAACAAUACAUUUACAUAGUCAAAGACCGCAGUUAGGCAUUGAAUUAAAAACAAAAUUUUAAUUUUUAACUCAAAAUAAAUUCACUGCCGUUUUCCUUCAGGUUUUUCAUUGAACCAGGAAAAAUUAUUCUUGAAGGCACAUACUCAGAAUUCGGUACUGAAUAGUUAUUAUUCAUUUUAAUAUUAAAAAUCAAAACUGAAAAAUAUUAAUUUAUUUAUUUCAAAUAUUUAUUGGCAUGGGUAAAUAUGUUAUAGUCAAAUUUUUUAUUAAUAAAAAAAAAAGGUUCCUUCAUUCAUUUCUCAUCUACAGCAUGUAUAUUAGAUAACAUUUUUUAUGGAAAAUUGAGCAGCAACGGUAUUCAAUUAAGAAACUAGCAUUUAUUGCUAGUCCAAUUUAUACCAAAAGAUUUGUACGGUUGUGAUACCAAUGAAUAUAACUUUAAUGACAGAGCCCAGUUAUUAUUUCAAUAAAAUACCAUCUGAUUUUAGUUCUAUGUAACUGAAGAUAUAAGCACCUAUUUUCACAAAUUUAAUUUGAAUUCCAUUUAGGUUAUCAGCACCUGUUUGGUAUUUUUGAGGCACCAUAAUAUAAUUAGGGUUUAUUUGAAAAUUAUGUUUAAUAAUUCUUGAACAAUUCAUUCACAUCCAUGACUUAUAAAUUGUGACUGAGCGUUGCAAAAGUAGCAGACCUUGAACAAACACUAAAAUUUCAAAAUCUAUUGCAUCUCAAUUUAUAUUGUAGAUUGAGAAUUUUUCAUACGGGAUUUGAAACUCAUUGAUGUUUGCCAAUUAUACCUGACUUUGAUCUACAUAUUGUUUUAUUUGAGAUGCAAUUUGAUGAUGAAAUUAACUUUCUUUUUGAUGGUUCUUGUCGAUUCAAUUGCAGCAGUAAAAAAGUUGUUCAGGUCUGGACUUAACGCAUCUACUAUAAUAUUACAUUUAUUUAUUUAAUUUGCUCAUGAUAAGUUUGAAUUAUUGUGACUAAAAAAAAUUGUGAGAGCACCCUGUACUCUUAGAGAAGGGCGUUCAUUAUUUUCAAAUAGUAUCCGCUCAUAUAUAUAUAUAGGUAUGAUUGUUCAGUUAUAUAGGUAAAAGGUAGCAAGUAGAAUAUAGUGUAUAAAUAAGGGGCAAUCACCCACUUGUAAAUAUGGACUUGGCCCCUGAAUGCUGAAGGGCUUGAUCUCUUAAUGUUACUUAAGAUGUGUAGGAGGAGGCUUAAAGCUUUUUCUCUACUUUUAUAUAGCAACUUACUGUUCAUUAGGUGCUUUCACCAUUGAUUUGUGUUCUUUAUAUUUUCUUUAAAUAUUCAAGGACUACUAGUAUUAUAAUAAGUUUCGUGUAAGUGCAUUUGGACUUGUUUCUAUUUUGUCAAUUUAGCAAACAUGUGAUGUCUGUAAUUGAUAAGUCAUCUUUAUAUCAUACUAAUAAAAUGUUCUUUAAUAUAA